UUAUAAAUAUCAACUUGUUCAUUUAUAAUAACAAUGUCAAAUCAACUUUUACUGAUUGAUAUUGUCAUAAGUUUCAUUACAAAAUCAAACUAAAAAUGUAUUCAAAAGCCUUCUUCGUUGCUUUAUUAUGUAUCGGCUUGAAUUUGGUCAGCUGUGACACUCAGACUGAAGAUGUCCAAUUCCUUACUGAGGCUUCUGGGAAAUACAGUCCUGCUUUGGUCAAGAAUUUGAUUUUGGAGCGAAUCAAUCACAAGAUGCAACAAAUCAAAGUCAUCAAUUCGACAAUUGGCCUAACCGAUGAACAAGUGAAUCUCUGUGAAGUCAUUCUCAACAGUUAUGCUGUCCUUGCAUCUGAUAUCCAGUUGAUGGAUGAAAGUCAAGUCAUUUGUGGUGACGCUACUUAUGAUAAGACAAUCAAAGGUUUCAUUUCUCAAUUCGCAUUAUUGACUGAAACAUUCGCUCGAGAAUUUGAAUUCCUCAAGAUUCCCAAUUUGACUCCUGAUACACCAGCAGUUCUUCUUGAAAAGAAAAUCACUGAUUCUCCAUCAUUUACUUUUGUAAAAUCCAAAUCACUUGCUUCUAUCAAAAUCUUUAUGAAUGAUAUUAAGACAUACAAUUCAACUAGCAAUGACGACCUCGUAAAAGCAAUGUCCAGCGCUUCUUAUCGAGAGCUUGAAAACACUUAUGACAAAAUCAAUCUUAUAACUGAAUCUAUUCCCAACUACAGAAAUAUCAUACACGAUGCACUGGUUCGAUUUGGACAAAUCAUCGAUGUAUUCUACAGACAAUAUCGAAUUCUAUCAAACAAGUAAAAGUCCAGAAAUGAAAAUAUGUAUUUUUAUUAAUGUAUUAUUUAGUGAUGCUAAAUAUAUCAAUAAAAUAUUUGCAGUAUAAUACAA